AAUGAUUCCAAAAUUCAUACCAAAGCAGAAGACUUCGACGUUAAAAAAGUAAAAAAACUAUAGAUAAAAAGACAGCGCACACAAAUUUCUGCCAUUUCAGUUACCAGUCUACCCAACACCACUCUGCAGGACACGAGAUCGGAUUAUCCGCUCAGUCCGAUCUCCUCAAACUUUUCAGAUCCGAAUUCUCCAAGCUCCCUUCUCUCUUUGGUCAUCGUGCCUCAAGUAAGCUGCUAUGGGGACAGAUAGUCAAAGUUGGUAUUUGGAUUUAAGCUAUGACCAGUGGACAGCUCUCUCUGUAUCUGGUCCACAACCGGCCGCUCGCUACAAGCAUGCUGCAACUGUGUUAGACGGGAAAUUGUACAUUGCUGGUGGAAGUCGUAAUGGUCGAUAUCUGUCUGACAUUCAGGUUUUUGAUCUUAAAUCUCUGGCAUGGUCUACAAUAAAAUCAAACACAGAAGUUCUUCCAGCUUUAUCUGGUCAUUCUGUGAUUAACUGGGGUCACAAAUUGCUGCUUCUCGCUGGCCACUCAAGAAGCAUUUCUGACACUGUAACAGUUUGGAUCAUUGAUCCGGAAUCACAGCACUGUAGCAUUAUGGAGACCUUUGGAACACCUCCAGUAGCUCGUGGUGGGCAAUCUGUGACACUCUUUGGUUCUAAGCUAAUAAUGUUUGGCGGAGAAGACAGGAAGAGGCGACUACUGAAUGAUAUUUAUGUUCUUGAUCUUGAGACACAGACCUGGAGUUCUGUGGAGACCACGCAGACACCUCCAUCUCCUAGAUUUGAUCACUCAGCUGCACUACAUGCAGAGCGUUACCUUCUAAUUUUUGGUGGCUGUUCUCAUUCAGUUUUUUUCAAUGACCUGCACAUACUGGACUUGGAAACGAUGGAAUGGUCCUGCCCACAACUUCAGGGUGAUUUGGUUAGUUCACGGGCUGGCCAUGCUGGAGUCACCAUAGAUGAGAACUGGUACAUAGUUGGUGGUGGAGAUAACAGAAGUGGUGUGCCAGAAACUCUAGUUUUGAAUAUGUCUAAGCUUGUUGUGUCAGUGUUGACAAGUGUCAAGGGGAGAGAUCCACUUGCUAGUGAGGGAUUAACUGUAUCCUCGGCAUUACUAGAUGGUGAAAAGUUUUUGGUUGCAUUUGGUGGCUACAAUGGGAAAUACAGUAAUGAGGUAUAUGUUAUGAGGCUCAAACCAAGGGAUUCAUUGCAUCCUAAGAUACUUAUGUCACCAGCAGCUGCUGCAGCAGCAGCUUCUGUCACUGCUGCAUAUGCCUUGACAAAACCUGAAAUGUUGGACUUGACUGAAAGAGAAGAUUCAAAUUUUAAGGAAGUCCAAAAUGAUACCACCCGGAAGGAUCUUUCUGCCGAAAUUAAUGCAAUUAGAGAAGAGAAAAAGGUAUUGGAAUCAUCUCUUGCUGAAGUUACAGCAGAAAACUCUGCUCUCAAGGCAAAGAUUGAAGAAGUUAACAACACUCAUACUGACUUAUCCAAGGAAUUUCAUUCAGUUCAGGGUCAGCUUACAUCAGAGCGAUCAAGAUGUGCAAAAUUGGAGGCACAAAUAGCAGAACUACGAAAGGUGCUUGACUCAAUGCAGUCAGUAGAGGAGGAAGUUCAAGCACUACGAAGGCAGAAAUCUGCACUAGAACAUGAUAUGGAGCUUGAAACUGUCCAGGGUCAGAGGUCAGGAGGUGUUUGGAAGUGGAUUGCUGGAUGAGUUGAGAAUAAAAUCAUGGAUAACAACUUUGCUUUGUUGCAUAGGUUAUUUUAGAGGGUUGAAUUCAUUGCUCUACCUUCGCAACAUAGUGAACCAUUCUGGUUGAGUUCAAAGGUUUUGUGAAGCUCUGGUUUUAUAUUUCAUUGUUGACAUGAGGAAAUGGUUUCUCUAUCUUGAAACAGUUGAUAAUACAUACAGCAGUUUAGAAUUCUUUAAUCUUGCUUUCUCUUUCAUUGACUUCUCCAUCUCUAUGGCUGUGACGUUGUGUAAUUCCAACUUCAAUAUUCUUAAAACCCACACAUUUUAAAUUGUAAUGCAGUCAUUCAUUUGUAUUAUGUUUGUGUGGUAUUCA